AUGGCAUUGAAUAUGUAUUUUCCCCACCGAUGCGGUCGUAACUAUUGGGAUGUCUGGGAUUGGCCGCAGUCUGUGUUCGGACAACACUUUGGACUCGAUUUGAAAGACUCGGAGGAAUGGAUGGAAGGGUCGUCGAGAGGACACAAAUCGAAAGAAUUGGUGCAAAGAAGUGGUGAAUCACUUGUGGCCAACACUUCGGACCAGUUCUCCGUACGUCUGGACUGCAGUCACUUCACACCCGAAGAGAUCGAAGUGAAGACAGUCUCGAAUUCAGUGGUAAUUCACGGCAAACACUCCGAGAGGACUGACAGACACGGAUGGAUCCAAAGAGAGUUCACUCGAAGGUANGGAUAUAUUUAA